CAGGUUGGCCGCCAAUGAAGCUACAGUUUGAGCUCAGUGAUAUGUGGUGCACUUCAUCGACAGCUCCUCUUCUCGUCCCUGAUUCGUUGAUCUGCGGCUGCGCUGUUGUCAGUCAGUGUGCUACAUUACUGCUGUCUUGAUUUCCUUUUAGAGAGUGUGAGUCUCGUCAGUCCUGUUCUCCAUGUGAUCAGCUGAUCAGGACGAGAGGACAGACUACAGAAAGCAGGAUGGACAUCCAGAACGAGAGGAGAAGGCUGCUGGAUGUGGAGGCUGAAGAUGAAGAUCCCACUGGACUCAUUUCUGAGCAGGAGGCUUAUCUGAGUAAAGUGAAGAACUCUAACCUGUACCUGGCCACCUUUGCGUCCGUCCUGGGUCCCCUGAGUUUUGGCUUCGUGUUGGGGUACAGCUCUCCUGCCAUCCCUGAGCUGAGCAGGAUCUCUGACCCUCGGCUGCGGCUGGACGACGAGCAGGCCUCCUGGUUCGGGUCCAUUGUGACGGUUGGAGCGGCGCUUGGCGGUCUGCUCGGUGGAUGGAUGGUGGAGAAGAUCGGCAGGAAGCUGAGUCUGAUGUUCUGCUCGCUGCCGUUUGUCUUCGGCUUCACCAUCAUCAUCGCCGCUCAGAACGUGUGGAUGCUUUACAUCGGCAGAGCGCUCACCGGCCUCGCCAGCGGGGUCACGUCGCUGGUCGUCCCGCUCUACAUCUCUGAGAUGGCUCACGAGCGGGUACGUGGGACGUUAGGCUCCUGUGUGCAGCUCAUGGUGGUGCUAGGCAUCAUGGGAGUUUAUCUAGCAGGUCUCUUCCUGGACUGGCGCUGGCUGGCGAUCUGCAGCUCCAUCCCGCCGACGCUGCUGAUGGUGUGCAUGUGCUUCAUGCCCGAGACGCCGCGCUUCCUUCUGUCGCAGGGAAAGAGGCGGGAGGCGGAGGAGGCGCUGCGCUUCCUGAGAGGGCCGGACGCGCCCGUCGAAUGGGAGUGUGCUCGCAUCGAGGACGCCUGUGACGAUCAGGGUUCCAGUUUCCAGAUGUCCGACCUGAAGGACCCCGGAGUCUACAAGCCUCUGAUCAUCGGGGUCAUGCUGAUGGUAUUUCAGCAGAUGACGGGGAUCAAUGCCAUCAUGUUCUACGCUGAGACCAUAUUUGAACAGGCACAUUUCAAGGAGAGCGACCUGGCCUCGGUGAUCGUGGGCACCAUUCAGGUGGUCUUCACUGCGGUGGCAGCUCUGAUCAUGGACAAAGCGGGGAGGAAAAUCCUUCUCAUCAUCUCCGGUGUUGCCAUGGCGAUCAGCACCACAGCGUUUGGGGUUUACUUCUAUCUGACGCCGCCGAAGCCCAGCAUGACCCUGCAGAGCGGUCUGCUUCUGGACGUCCAGACCACGGCUGGUCCGGAGCCCCACCUGGACCUGGCCUGGCUGGCCCUGGUCAGCAUGGCUGUCUUCAUCACAGGUUUCGCUAUUGGUUGGGGUCCGAUCCCGUGGCUGGUGAUGUCAGAGAUUUUCCCCGCCAAAGUCAGGGGGGUCGCCAGCGCCGCCUGCGUCCUCACCAACUGGAGCAUGGCCUUCAUCAUCACCAAAAACUUCCAGGACAUGAUGGGUCUUCUCACCAGCGCUGGAACCUUCUGGCUGUUCGCCUCCAUGUGCGCCCUCAACGUCGUCUUCACCAUCGCCUUCAUCCCAGAAACAAAGGGCAAGACGCUGGAGCAGAUCGAGGACACGUUCAGAGGGACAGCGGGACCAUGACGGGCCCCUCCCUGUGGGACCAUGACGGGCCCCUCCCUGUGGGACCUUGACGGGCCCCUCCCUGUGGGACCUUGACGGGCCCCUCCCUGCGGGACCAUGACGGGCCCCUCCCUGCGGGACCUUGACGGGCCCCUCCCUCCACAUUCAAUUUAAAUGUUUUUGAACUUUGAAAUCUACGACCUCGUCCUCCUCAGGACGCUGCACGUGCGUUUUUUUAACCCUUUGUUGAGUCUGAAAUGAAGCCGAUCGUGACCCUCUCUUCCCGAGGGUUUCUGUUGUCAUGGAAACAACGUGAAGUUCACAACCGCUCCACGAGGGUUUUAAUGCUCACUGUUUUCACCUUAAAAACGUGACGCCCUGGUGUUUGUGUUUGGAGCCUGAAGUGAUCACGUCUGAUUGGUUGAUAGUCGUGCGUCCGUCUCAGGCACUUCCACGCUGGCGCCACACUUUGAAACCGAAAGGCAACGUGUGAUUUUUAUAUUUGUAUGGUAAACUUUCUGAUUCUCUUGGAGGGGGUGUUUUAUUCUAAUAUUCACCCUCAUGUAUAAAGAUAUGAUUAGAAACA